CUUUCACAUCUGCCCAAUGAAUCAGGAGCGGAUGCGAUGUAUCCUUUUUCAGCGGCCUCAAUGGCCAAUGGGAGUUGGCUUGUGGAGCAAACACUGAGCUCAGUGCGCUCUCAUUCAUUCAGCGCACGGCAGAGCCGCAAAGAGCGCAGAGCUGCAAAGAGCGCACCGGCGCACAGACGAGCCGAUGCCACCAAACUCUGCGCACACACGCCAACACCGCAGACUGCACUUGGAUAUAAUAAGCUCGCUCAUUUUACGAUUUGAGUUCUUCCCUCUUUUUUGAUUGUUGUGCAAAAGCAGCUCGGACUGGAACUCCUGCAACCGGGUUGCGCUGCCUUAAGUUCGAACCGAAUCAGCGCGCAGCUCCUCUUCGGUGCAUUUCAUCCUCCGGAGCUCCAGCGUUGGAUUUUACUUUCAUCCUGGCAGCAAUGCACGCGUAAAGCGGCACUAAAAUAAAGUAAAAUAAAAGAAACUCUCGAAGAAAAAGGGAAUUACGCAAAGGGAUACGCUCGCACUUGGAUUAUCAGACUGUGAAUGUUGCGCAGUGGACGUUCGGUCAGUGCGUCUCGUUUUGGGAGUUUUGGUGGACUGUUUGGUUGAUGGAUUCGGGUGCAUAUAGGUUUUCCGAUGCAUGCCAAGUCCACAGUGAAUGUCGGAAGUGGUGAUCCCCCCAGAUGGAGCUCCAAAGUCAACAUGGCCCCGGCGGUUCAUUAGUGGUGAUCCAGCAGCCUUCCCUGGAGGGCCGGCAGAGGUCGGAUUACGAGCGGGAGCUCCAGCAUGCUGCCAUUCUCUCCCUGGACCAAAUCAAGGCCAUCCGCACCAGCAACGAGUACACAGAGGGGCCCUCGGUGGUGCGGAGGCCUCCUGCACCUCGCAUGCCCCCCAGGACCCAGGACAAGCAGGAGAGGACUCAUGAGGUUAUUCUCGUCAACGCGAACAACAACUAUGAGCACCGGCCACUAGGUCACCACCAUCACGGGGGACAGCAAUACAGCGGGUCACGGGUGCCAGGGCUCAGCCGCUCAACUAGCACAGGAAGUGCUGCCAGUUCAGGGAGCAACAGCAGUGCGUCUUCUGAGCAGGGACUGUUGGCACGCUCUCCCCCCACCAGGCCUGGCAUGAGCCUACAGCACCACCACCGAGCGGAGCGGCCCGUUCGGACUCAGCCCAAGCCCAAGGCCCUUUUACAGCCCCAGCAGGGACCCCACUGUCACCAGACUCCGCUGGAUGCACUGCUGAAGCCCCCAGGCAAAGGAAAAUCAGACUUUUCUGGCACCGGCAGCGGGUUGGCGGCGGCGGCUGUAGGGCACCAGUUCAUCUGUGAGCGCUGCGGGAAGUGCAAAUGCAGUGACUGCACUGCUCCCAGGAGCCUGCCAUCGUGUCUGGCGUGCAACGGCCAGUGCCUGUGCUCCGCUGAGAGCGCACUGGAGCACGGCACGUGCAUGUGCCUGGUGAAGGGCAUCUUCUACCACUGCUCCAAUGACGACGAGGGGGACUCGUGCGCCGACCACCCGUGCUCGCUGUCACGUUCCCACUGCUGCUCUCGCUUCCUGUGCAUGGGAUUAAUGUCGGUACUCUUCCCCUGUCUACUAUGCUACCCGCCUGUCAAGGGCUGUCUGAAGGCGUGCCAGAGCUGCUAUGACCGGGUGAACAGGCCCGGCUGUCGCUGCAAGAACUCCAACACUGUCUAUUGCAAACUGGAGAGCUGGGCCCCACAGAGCCAGGAAAAACCUUCCUGAUCACCCCUGUGUGUCUGGGGUGGCAUGUGCACGGGAGACUCUUAAUGUGGAUUUUAUGAUGACAAUAAUAAUGAUAGUCACAAGUUAAUGUUUAUCAAACAUUCUAAGCACCUCCCACCCACCUCCUCUCCUGGCUGUGGAACCCUACGGAGCCUUAGCAAAGGAGUAACGAAAACCACUCGAAUAUUUUUACUUUCUCUGGAUCAGGACCGUGUUUUUACAGUACAGACCAGUGUUUGCCUUAACUCUUUCUAUGUCUGUCCUCAGCUCCUCCUUAAACACCAUAUAUAUAUAUAUAUAUAUAUAUGGUGUUUCUGUGUCCAGUGGCAGCCACCUCUCUCUCCAAAUCUGUGAAGGACUAUCUUUAGGGCCAUUAUGUAGCUGUUACCUGAUUUUUCUUAGCAAUUGGGUGUGUUUGAAUUUUUGCUACCACACUUAAAAAAGGGGGGUUCCUUUGCAUCAUGUUGCAUUAACAAAAGCACAUCUAUCUCAAAAGUAUUGCAAUUUUGUUUAAAAAAAAAUACAAAAACAGAUAAGGGAUCUUUUAAAAACAUGGGGAAAAUAGAUACGACUGUUUUAAGUGAUAAUUAUAAAAUUAGUUUAUUUGAAAUUAUUAUUGUAAUGACAAAAAAUUGAAUUUCACAGUUUGUGUUUCCCAGCAUGCACAGUGUGAAGAUUUGAAUCUUAAAAAAAAAAGAAAUAAUAAUAAAAAUCACUGUUAAUGGAAUAAGUUUCUGUUUGGUCAAACAAAAAGAAGGAGUUUAAUGACACUGCCUUGAGGUCCACCUCAAAAACUUGAACUGAGCUAAUAAAAAUAAUUGUAGACUUAUAUAAGCAAGAAGCAGUUCAGCAAAGAAUUAUUUAAAGGUGCAUGUGACUCUCUCAAAUUAAAAGAAAAAAUGUCACCAGGUACUUUGAGAAUGAAGAGGGCGCUGUUUUCAACUGUCAACAGUUAUGAAGGUAUGUCUCUUUAAGGCAGUCAUUUUCUAUUUUCCCCAUGAAUUGCUAAAAAAAAGUCACUUAUCUGUUUUUGCAGAUAAACUCAUGAGGAUGUUUCUUCUUCCAACUUGUCUGAAUUCUUCAUUCUGUGGCAUUCUCCCAUGUUUUGUUUUAUUUUAUUUUUUAUUUUUUUGUAAAUUGUAUGCUCAAAUCCAUAAGAGGAAUUCUGGCUAUUUUUUAAAAAGAAAAAAAAAAGUCUGUUAAAACAUUUUUGUGUUGUAAAAAUAUUUAUUAUGUGAAGCUCUAUUAUUUUAUGAUAUUUAUUGCAAGAGACAGUCUUAAAUUUACUCAUGUCUGAAUAUAACAAAAUAUCAAAUACUUACUGAAAAAUUAAAGGGUGGCACAAAAGAAAACUAUGUUAACUUUAAUGCAGAAAAUAUAUUAAUUAAUGAAAAAUA